AUGAUACUUUUCAAGUUGAAAGCAUCACGAGUGAAAGAGAGAGCUAUGGAGAAACUGCUUCCGCCCAAAGGGAUCCUCAAGAAGAGCAUGAACAGCUCAAGAAACUACGAGAAGCAACGGUCCAAAAGUAUGGCAAUUUGUAAGUCUCUGGCUACAACCUCCCUUAGUCCCUUGUCCAUAAGCGAGAUGGAAGUUCCCGUUGAUGAGGGGCAUUUCCUAUCGAUGCUUAUAAAGAUGAUGAAUGCCAAAAAUACGCUUGAGCUCGGUGUUUUCACUGGUUACUCAUUGCUCACUACUGCCCUCGCGUUGCCUGAGGAUGGCCAUGUUACUGCUAUAGACAUUGAUAAAGAAGCUUACGAGGUGGGUCUUGAGUUCAUCAAGAAUGCUGGUGUUGAUCACAAAAUCAAUUUCAUCCAAUCGGAUGGUCUCAAAGCCUUAGACAAGAUGUUGACCGAGAAUCCAAAACCGGAGUUUGAUUUCGCAUUUGUUGACGCUGACAAACCGAACUAUGUCAACGUGCACGAGAGACUACUGAAGCUGGUGAAGGUUGGUGGGAUAAUAGCGUUUGAUAACACAUUAUGGUUUGGUUUUUUAGCUGAGGAAGAGGAAACUGUGCCAGAGCACCUGAGGGAGAACAGAAAACCCCUCAUGGAGUUGAACAAGCGGCUCGCUUCUGAUCCUCGCAUCGAGCUAUCUCAAGUCUCCAUCGGUGAUGGUGUCACUCUCUGCAGACGCCUUGUGUGA